AUGGCACGUCAAUUCGUCGUCGUUUUUGCCCUCGCUUUCCUGGCGGUUGCUGCUUUAGUUUCCGCUCAGUCUCCCAAGGCUGCUCCAUCAGGCCAGCCUACCGCCGCACCUCCACAGCAGUCAAAGAAAAAUUCUCCACCGCCGUCAAAGCAAACUCCGCCUCCCACUGAUUCCUCCGAAGCUCCCAAGUCCUCCAGCGGCGGUUCCCCCUCCAAGUCUCCUUCCUCCGAUUCCGAAGCUCCGACAUCUUCCUCCAAGGCCCCAUCCUCCUCCAACUCCGAAUCCGCCUCCGCCCCCUCCCCCGUUGAUGAGACCUCCUCCCCACCGGCUCCUUCCACCACUGACUCCACCGCCGCUGAUACCCCCACUGCCGAGGCUCCCACCGGCGAAGAAGAAGCAUCCGGUGCUGGUGCUCUCCAGGUCUCAGCUCUUGCCGGUUUCGCCGCCGCUGCCGGCUUCCUCUUCUUCUAA